UCCCCGGAACUCUAGAGUGCGCAGCUGCGGUUCCGGUCGGAGUUUCUUGGCACUGCCCACUGACAUGGCUGCGCCCGUAUUAAGGGGCGUUCGGAAGCUGCUGAAGCUCGUGGACUUCACGCCUGUCCCGCGGAGACAUCGAUAUAAGAAGAAAUGGGCUACCACAGAACCAGAAUUUCCUGCCAGUCGGCUUGCUCUGCAAAAUUUUGACAUGUCCUACGGUAUACAAUUUGGGGAUCUUUGGCCAUCAAUUCGUGUUAGUCUUCUCUCAGAGCAGAAGUAUGGUGCAUUGGUCAAUAAUUUUGCUGCUUGGGAUAAUGUGAGUGCUAAGCUGGAACAGCUGAGUGCCAAGGACUUUGUGAAUGAAGCCAUCUCUCGCCAGAAACUGGAGCCUGAGAGUGACCUUUCUCCAACUCCAUCCCCGGACUGCAGUCCAAACCUCCGAUGCUUCACUUUUUCCAGAGGGGAUGUCAGGCGCUUCCCUCCUGCUAGACUUGGCAGCCUAGGUCUCAUGGAUUACUACCUGAUGGAUGCUGCCUCCUUGCUACCUGUCCUGGCUCUUGGUCUGCAGCCUGGAGACACCGUGCUUGACCUGUGUGCAGCUCCUGGGGGAAAAACACUGGCAUUACUUCAAACUGGCUGUUGCCGCAAUCUAGCUGCCAACGAUCUCUCCACUUCCCGAAUAGGCAGACUGCAAAAGGUCCUUCACAGUUAUGUGCCUCAAGAUAUCAGGGAAGGGAACCAAGUUCGAGUUACCUCAUGGGAUGGCAGGAAGUGGGGAGAACUGGAGGGGGACACCUAUGACCGAGUGUUGGUGGAUGUGCCGUGUACCACAGACCGCCACUCCCUUCAUGAGGAAGAGAACAACAUCUUCCAGCGGUCAAGGAAGAAGGAGCGACAGAUGUUGCCUAUGCUGCAGGUGCAGCUUCUCGCGGCUGGACUCCUUGCCACCAAACCUGGAGGUCACGUUGUCUACUCUACUUGCUCUCUGUCACACUUACAGAAUGAGUAUGUGGUGCAAGGUGCCAUUGAGCUUCUGGCCAAUCAAUAUAGCAUCAAGGUUCAAGUGGAAGACCUAUCUCACUUCCGAAAGCUUUUCAUGGACACAUUCUGUUUCUUCCCAUCCUGCCAGGUUGGGGAGUUGGUAAUACCAAACCUCAUGGCUAAUUUUGGGCCUAUGUACUUCUGCAAAAUGCAUAGGUUGCCAUAGUGUCACCGUGUCCCUGAAGUAGGAAGACAAUGACUCUGUCGGAGCUAUUGAGACAGACCAGUGGCAGAGAUGCACUCCAGGGCCUGUCUCCACCCUGUGUGUUUUCUAAAGAUAGUUGUAAAUAGCAGGGAAUAGGACUGCUGCCCAGUUGUGGAUUAUCAGCAGGUUUCUAACAUCAGACCCUCACUUCUAUCCUUUAGUCUAAACUAAGGCCCCUGCUGAAUUAGGGAUCCGGACAGAAUCAGUGAAUUAAGCCCAUGGUUUAAGAUGUAAACUUGGGAAGAAACAUCUAACCAAUAAAGUUGUUGAAGUGCUAUAGA